ACCAACUUCAGACUCCAGCUUAUCAGCACCCUGGCUUCCUCAGUCAGUCUAAGAAGCCCCAGCCUGAGACCUCUGGAGGAGGCCUCCAUCCUUUGUCCAGAGCAGAACAGGAUGGCCAUUUCCCAGGAAUCCCUGACCUUCAGGGACGUGUUUGUGGACUUCACCCUGGAAGAGUGGCAGCAACUGGACCCUGCUCAGAAAAACCUCUACAGGGAUGUCAUGCUUGAGAACUACAGCCACCUGGUGUCUCUGGGGUAUCUACUUGCCCAACCAGAUGUGAUCUUCAGGUUGGGACAAGGAGAAGAGGCCUGGAGGGCAGAUAGAAAGACUCCGAUACAGAGCUGUCCAAGUGAGCAGAAUCCAGAAGUCUGGCAAGUUGAUGAGCAGAUAGAUAACUACAAGGAAAGUCAAGACAGACCUCUGUGGCAAGCUGCAAUCAUAGACAAGGAAACACUGAAGGAUGAAAGUAAUCAAGAAUGCAGAACAUGCAGAAAAAUCAUUUAUCUGAGCAAAUGCUUUGUUUCUGUAAGACGAAGACUCCCUAAGUAUUAUUCAUAAAAGUUGUUCAAACCAUAAUUUUAAUUUUCUUAGUCAAAUCAGAAGCUAUGUAAAAAAGAAAAAUGA